AAUCUUUUAUGUUGGAGACGUAAAUAGUACAUAGUAACGGAAAUAGUCUGGUUUGUUUUAAUUUUUGGAGGAUUUGUUAGUCUGUGCAUGUAACGCAGGUGCUUGCUUAGAAAAGCAGCAUUAGUUUCCUGUUGGGUAGCAUUAUACAGUUUAAACCACAAAUGAUGGGACGACUUGGAAACUUUGAAAACAUCAAAAACAGACAAACAGUACACACCUCCAAUUCGUAUUCAGUUUUGGAUAUAGAAAUCGACACAGAUUUGCAUGAAGCUUGCAGCUCUGGGCUCUGUGAUGCAACCGAAAGAGAAAUACCUUUGUAUAAGUACAGUGAAAUACCAGACUUUUUACAAGGAAAUCCUUAUGUUGUCAGUGGAUACAGGGUUUCUCUUCCCUUUAAUUUAUGUUUGAAAAGCAUUUUUAGAUGGAAUAAUGAGACAGUAAAUGUUUGGUCACAUUUAGGUGGAUUUUUCAUAUUUCUGUACUUAUUGUUACAUGAUAACAUAAUCUACAUACCAAGAUUUCAUGGAUCUUACACAGACCAUGUUAUGGUGUCAUUAGGACUUAUAUGUUAUCAGUUUUGUAUGCUGUGUUCUGCAGGAUUUCACAUGUUUGCCUGUCACUCAGAAAAGGCCAGUAAGCGAUGGUUAGCAGUAGAUUUAGCAGGGAUAUCUAUAGGAGUCAUUGGUUGCUACCUACCAGCAGUACAUUAUGCUUUUUAUUGUCUAUCAAUAUGGAGGGAUAUUUAUUUAAUAACAAUUACAAUACUAACAGUAACAACGAUGGUCAUACAAUUACAUCCCCGAUACUUCAGUCACCGAUGGUCCAAGUGGAGGAUUGCUAUCUAUAUGGGACUGGCAGGAUAUGGAGUUAUACCCACAAUUCACUGGAUUUGGUUGAAUGGUGCAUCAGCAGAAAUUGUACAGUUAUUUGUGCCAAAGGUGACAACUAUAUAUAUUCUUGGAAUGAUAGCUUUAAUAUUGUAUCUUAGUAAAUUUCCUGAAAGAUUUUAUCCAGGAGUUUUUGACUUUGUAGGAUCAAGCCAUCAAUUGUGGCAUAUAAUUGUUGUUUGUGCAUUUGUAUUUUGGCAUUAUGCAGGACAGGAAAUUCUCAGGUACAGAGUGGCACAUCCAUGUGUAUGAUGAUGGAGCCACUUAAGAACAUUAAUAUUUAUAUUUAAUUUAUUGUUAACAAAAAUAUCUUUUUAUGUUACAUUGCUCUAAAAUGGCAAUCGCAGGGUAAUAAUAUACACAAUUUUGCAUUUUAAAUUGACAAUCAUUUAGUCUUUUAGUAGAUACACAUGACAAAGUAUAAAGACAGUAUAAUUGAACCAUUUGUAAGGAUAUAGAAUAUUUGAAUUUUAAAUUUUAGACUGACAGGAAUUGAUCUCUAAAUGGUCGGAUUGUCGUCUCUUUGACACAUUCCCUAUUUCCAUUCUCAAUUUUAUAUAAUAAAUCUCAUGGUUUCUAUCAUCAGUCUUAUUUCAAACUAUAUUUAACAUGUUUAAUCUUAUAUUGAUAUGAUUCAGGACCAAUAACAGAUACAUAACUGUGCUGAUUGGUACACAAUUAUUUUACCAUGUUUUCCAAUACAUCAAAUAUUAUGUGUUCAAAGUAGAAUCAAAUUGUAGUAGCAUAAUCAAAUGUUAUAUUUUAAGAAGGGACCAAUAUUUUGUUUUUUAAAGAUAAAUAUACUAAAGGUCAAUAUUUGGCCCCCAAUUUUAUAUUUUUUUUAAGCAAUCACGAAUGACUAUCAAUAAUUCAAUACUUUUUUAAGCAAAUGUAUAUGACUCUCAGUUGUAAAAUAAUUUGAACCAAUUUUAUAUGACUAUCAAAAGUAUAAUAAUUUUAUGAAGCAGUUAUAUAUAUGAGUAUCAGUACUUGAUUUCAACUCCACUUGAUUAUGCCUCUUACAAUACAGUAUCUUUUUUUCAUCUCCAGUUAGAAUUUCAUAAAAAUAAAGUGCCCAUAGUUAGUAAAAAAGUUUUUUUCAUAAAAUAAAUGCCAUAGAUCAGUUGCAAAAUUAUUACACUUAUAGAUAUAAUAAUAUGAGGUAUGAGUGCCAAUGAGACAACUCCCCGUCCAAGUCACAAUUUAUAAAAGUGAACCAUUCUAGGAUAAAGGAUGUUCUUCAACAUGGAGCCUUGUCACACACCCUACAGCAAGCUAUAAAGGCCCUCAAAAAUUACUAGUGUGAAACCAUGCAAACAGGAAACCCAACAGUCUAAUCUGUAUAAAAAAAACUAGAAUUGCUUAUGAACCACAUCAACUGCUGAACAUAAGAUUCCUGACUUGGGACAGGUGCAAACAAAUGCAGCAGGUUUAAACAUUUUAAUGUAAAUGAAAGAAAUUGGCAGCAUGUUAUACAAAUCUGUUUUUAUCCUUAAAAACUUUUUUUCAAUUGGGACUAUAAGUCUGAAAAGGUUUACUCAUUUAGAUAUAAAUGGUUUCAAUGUUGCUCCUGGUAUGAUGAUUUAAUGAGGACUUUUUUUUUGUAUGUGCCUCAUUUGUUUUACUUCUUGUUAUGUUUUUAUAUUAUAAGAUUAUACAAUAAUCUGUAUUUAUUGUGUAUUUGUCAGAUAUAUGAUUUUUCAUUUCCUAGAUUUAGUGAUAAUCAGGAAGUAAUUUUGUUGAUGAGUCAAUACUUUAUUCACUAAAAUUCAAUCAGGAAGUAUAACAUUUUAUUACUGUGAAUUCAUUAUUAUUCAUUGGAUACCAAUUUUUGUGGGAACUAGUUAACCACAAUUUCAAAUGUUCAAUGAAUUCGAAUGUUCAAAUAGGCUAUGUAUACAGAAAUUGACAAAGCCAUGAAAUCAAAUAUCCACAAAUAUGCAAGUUUUCAGGAGUCCAUGAAAAUUGAUACCCACAAAAAUAAAUGGAUCCACAGUAACUGAAAAUAUACUCAUAUGAUAUUGUUUAUUAGAAAAAAAAGAAUUAUGUUAUCAGUGCUCAUGAUAUAUAACAUACAUUUACCUGAAUUUAUGAGGUCAGACACUUGUAGCUUUACUUAGACUGUUUAAUGGUUAUCCAAAAUAAUAAGAUAUUCACAUUGUAUAACAUGUGUAACCUCUCAAUUGUUAUUUUAACUGUUUAGAAUGAAAAUGUUAUUUGGUAUGUUGAAAUCAUCAAGUAAAGAUCAGAAUUAUAGUUUAAUGGUAUUAAGUCAUAAUUUUAGCAUUAUAAUGUUUUUUUUUAUAGUUUUAUAUCUUUGCACCAUUUAGCUUUUUGGUGUAUACUUGACUGUGAUAAAACAAUUUUGAUAUUCCAAAAUAAACCUUGAAUUAUUAA